UUAGAGCCUGGUUCUUUGCGAAUUACAGAAAUAAGAAUUUGGUUUUUAAACUUCACAGCUGAAAACUUGUAUAUAAGUAAAAUAUAUUGUAUUGUGAAUUAGAAUUAAGAUGCCUCCUCCAGAAAAUAUGUAUUGUGCUGAGCAAAUUAAUGUUCCACCUGAGCUACCGGAUAUUUUAAAGCAAUUUACUAAAGCCGCAAUCAGAACCCAACCUCCCGACGUACUUUCAUGGUCGGCAGCAUACUUUUCUGCUCUUUCCAGAGGAGAAGCACUCCCUGUGAAACGACGUUUGGAGCCAGGCGCGACUGGAUUAACAAUUGGCCUACUCGACAUAUUAUAUCAACAACUCCACGAAAAGGACAUGAUCGGGUCUGAACUCCUGGAACAAAAGUGGAAAGAACUCGGCCUUCCUAAAGAACAACUACAAGAGAUAAUGAGUGCUGGAAAUUUCGUUGAAGAGAUGGAAUUCUUGAAAUUCUUCGCAGUUGCAUGCAGCCAUCUUGGAGGAAAAAGCGUAACCCAAGCUAUGAGAAUCGUAUGUCAAAUCUUGACAGAUGAUCCUGAUGGUGGCGCCUGCAGAAUUUCAUUCGAUAGUUUCACCACUCUCUUUAAGUACCUUGCAAGUCUCAGCCGCGAAAUUUCGCAAGCUCAAAUAGAUUCUGUUCUUGCUCAUCUCAAAGAUGACGUCGAAAAGCAAGCAGGAAUGGUGAUGCCAAGAAAUUUCUUGAGCCCAGAAUGCCCAAGUCUUGGAUAAUUAUUUAUACAUUAUUGAUGUUGUAUUAUAAUAAAUAAUUGUACAAUUUUAAUUUUUUUAUGUUGAAGGGGUUUAUUUUGUACUGUAUGCUGCAAAACGGAUAGAACUACAUUCUUAUAAUUUCAAAAAGUUCCAUACAAUUGACUGUUUCAUAUUCUUGUACAUUCAAAUAACAUAAACACACUGUUUUUAUUUUUCUGCAUUGGUAACAAAUUGUAGAUAGGACCCGCAAUGUCUAUGUGUCCUUAAUAUCUCAAAUUCCGUAAUUUUUAUUGAAGUCAUUUCAUUAUUUUAGCACAUCUGCUUUUAAAAAUUCGUCCUCUCCACUGUUUUAUUUUUUCGCUUCACAGUUUUCUAUAAUUUCCAAUGACGAACUUCUGAAACUGUUCCAUUAUGUCAAAUUUGUUUUAAAUUCAUCUAUUUAUGUAUAAGCAUAUUUGCUUUGGAAUAUUUGAAAGUGUACAAAACACCCAUUUUAGCUUGGAAGGCUAAAACAGCGAAUGUUGAACGUUGAAAGCUAUUGGAAAUAUUACAAAAUAAAAGGUGCUAUAUUUAAGAUGAUAUCUAUUCAGAAUUUGAAACAGUGUACACCGUUUGCCGUUUUUGUCGUUUUGGGUUGAAAAUUUUUAUAAUAAAUUAUCCAAUUUUGAGUCAAUAAUCUUAUCGAAGAGUUCUAUUAAUUGUCGGUGUCCCACUCACUUAUAAUUUUAUGUUCUAACAUUUAUGAUUUAUAUUUUCAACACUGUUCUGAUUCGUGUAUAUUUUAGUUGACCACAUUUGUGUAUUUUUUCAGAA